CAAGUUGGCAGCUCAUUUUAAUGGAAGAAGAGUGGGGGGAAGGAAAACAACGCAACUUUUUGCUGUAUUAAAAAAAGAAAACAAAAACAUUAAAAUUAAGUUUUAAUUAUUAAAUUAAUCGUUUAACUGAAAAUCACACACCUUCUAUCCUUAACCAACGGCCCGGCUUAUCCAUUGAUAGCAUUAUCGAAGUGCGAUUGGCGUCAAUAAUGUAGCAGCUGCUGCUACAACUGUUUUGGAGUAACAUAAAUUAGUUGGUGCUGCUAGCCAGGCUACUGAGCGGGAGGGAGUCGCGUCGCUGGUGCAGUUUGUGUCUCGAUUAAAGGGAGCCGCUGCUUCUGCUGCCACUGCCAACAAUACAACGGACGAUCGACAACUAACUGCAACACUAACAAACAGCAUUCACAUAGUCAGCGCCUCGUUGAGCUCAUUGUUCUGCGACUGUGACUGUGACACCGUUUACCCGUUUAUCUUUAUCCGUUGCCCGGCAGCAGCCCCAGCCCCAGCACCAGACAGCUGUAUCUAAAAAUGGAGUGGACUAGAGAGAAGACACUGCUGUUGAUCAACGAGUACCGACAGCGACGUGGACUGUGGGACAUGACUUGCGACGAAUAUCGAAAGAAGGAUGUAAAACAGCGACUCUUAAAUGAAGUUAGUGAGGUGCUUGGUGGUAAUAUUGCAAUACCGGAACUAGAGAAAAAGUUUCACACACUGCGAACGCAGUAUCAUCGAGAGAUAAGUCGUAUGAAACGCAAGGAGCCCUAUAAUUCAAAGUGGUUUGGUUUUAAGAAUCUCGUCUUUUUAAGUUCACCUUAUGCGUGUCGCUCCACCAAAAGCCGUUUGAAAACGGAGCUACAAUUGCAGGAUAACACAACAACACAGAAAUACGUGUUGGGAGAGGUCUCGACUGGAUCGGCUGAAAACAAUAAUAUGAACGAAGAAUACAUAAUAACUCCGCGCAAGUCGCACGUAUCAAGCCGGGCUCAAGAGCUGGAGAAACUUAUUGAGGAGACGACCAAAGAUGUGGAUGACAUGGAUGACGAUGAGCCGGGUGUCGAGGAUGAUGUUGACACAAAGCCCAAACUGAGCAAAGAGAUAAGUGGCACGUAUGUUCAAAUAAACGAGGAUGAUAAUGAGGCUCUAGAGAGCCAUACGCAUCACCAUCAACAGCAGCAGCAUCAACAGCAGCAUCAGCAGCAACAGCAACCACAUCAUCAACAAUCCAUUAUGGAACUUCAUCACUCCUCAAACACUGUAGAGGCAGUCAGUUUUCAGGCCAACGAAAGUGGCGAGCUUCACUACCAAUCAGCGUCAUCGUCCGGCAAUGCCAGCAGUGGCAACGGCGCCUCUGUGCAUGUGGUUCCAACGCGCAUUAUUAAGAUACAAAGGCGUGAUACGUCCAAUCAAGAGAAUGGCUAUUUCGAGGACCAAUCCGCGCAGCAUCAGCUCCAUCCACCACCAGCUAAACGAAUAUAUUUUGAUCCCAAUACUUCGCACAGCACCACAAUUCUCUCCACAUCCACACUGGCAGCAGCAGCACAAAACGGCAAUGGCAGCAAUGUGCUGACAACGACAGCCGGUUCCGGCGUAACAGGUGGCACUUUGCGUCUGCCUCGCGUCAAUGCCAUAGUCAAUACGUCACUGUCACCUCCCAAGCCAGCCAGUUCACCGAUACCUCCACCGACGCUCGCCACUCAUCUACGUGAUGAGUUCUCCACGUACGGUGAGUACGUUGCCAAUGAGAUGCGUGCCAUCAAUAACCGGGAGGUGCUAAUCGCGUUGAAGCACAAAAUAAAUACUGCCAUAUUCGAGGCAAAUAUGGCAGAGCUACAGAAAUGAAAUUGGAUUAAUUAAAUGUACUGCAAAGUAAUCAAUAUAAACUAAAGUUUUUAGCAAGAAUUUAGUCUUAAGUCUCCUGUUCAAUUUUCUAAAAUCAAAUGGUUUUAUAAUACCCCAGUAAUUGUAAAGCUUUUGUUGUAACCAGUUAUUAAAAUGUGUAAAUUUACAUAGAUUCGCCACUAUAUGUAUGUAUGUGUAUCGAUUUGAUUAAAUAAGCCAAAUAUAAAGUUUAGUAGAAUCCAAAA